GACGAUAACAUCUCUUCCGUUGCGAGUGAAAUCAGAAUUGUCAGUAGUGAACACGCAAAGCAGAAUAUUUGGAGGACCAAAAGUGUAUAAAAGUAAAAAAAAAAUUGCGAUUUCAAUACAAGAAAAAUUUGAAGUGAUUAAGAAAAACUAAUUGGGUACUCGCGUCAUGUGGAUCGGAACACCACUUAUUCUGUUAUUGGCUUUAACGCCACAGGCCAUAAUCAGUGUAAAGCGACGCGAUCUAGAAACCGUAUUUCAAUGGAAACAGCUCGUCUAUGGUUUCCCUACUGAACAAGAUCGUCAAGAAGCAUUGAAUAGCGGCAAUUUCGUGCCAAAUAGUGGUGCACCAAUCGGUGUGGCACCACAUCAUCAGUCACAAAAAGGAACACGCGUAUUCACCACGAUCCCCAAAUUCCAAACAGGCAUUCCAUACACACUGGCGACUGUGAGUGAUACUAAUGAACCGAAUGGCCCUGUGUUGAAUCCAUAUCCAAAUUAUGGAUGGCAUAAUGCUCAUGGACGUGAUUGUGAUAAAAUUACUUCCGUAUUUCGUGUGGCGUUGACAGAGUGUGAUCAGAUGGUGGUUAUUGAUACGGGUGUCAUCGGCAUGACUCAAUAUUGUCCACCACAACUACUGAUAUUCGAUUUAAAUACAGAUACAUUAGUUCAUCGCUAUCGUUUCGAAACAAACGUGUACACGCCAAACGCUUCACUACUCAUCACACCAGUGGUUGUUGUGCAUGAUCCUCCUCCAAAAGGGCGCUGCCAACGCCUACAUGUGUACAUUGCUGAUGUCACAUAUCACGGUCUCGUUAUUUAUGACUCGGAGCAGAAUACCGCCUGGCGUGCCGAGAAUAAAUUCAUGUACCCAGAUCCCAAUUAUGGCACUCACACCAUUGCUGGUGAAAGCUUCACACUGAUGGAUGGCAUGUUUGCUUUGGCCACCGAUCAACGUCAACUCUACUUCCAUCCAUUGGCCAGCAACAGUGAAUACGCAGUGCCAUUGAAUGUGUUGAACAAUCGUACCAAUUGGGCUAACAACGUGGAGUCAAUGCAAGAUCAAUUCCGUUUAUUGGGUCAGCGUAGUAGUGAAUGUGCAGCGGAAACGAUGGAUAGUCAUAAUAAUCUCUAUUGUGUUACAUUCAAUCCAAUUAAGUUGACCAUGUGGAAUCCUAAUAGGCCAUUUAAUGUAAAAAAGGAGUUGCAAGUGCCAGCAGAUCCGCGUCUAAUAGAAUUUGUCAGCGACAUGAAGGUGUUUAAAAACGAUGCAGGCAAGGAAGAAUUGUGGAUGAUAUCAAUUCGUUAUCAGAAAAUUGCAUCGGGCACUUUGAGUGGCAGUGAAGUUAACUUUCGAGUUGUAAGGCGGCUGCUUGAUGACAUACAGCAUGUGUCUCAUCAAGAUCUGAGCCAGCGACUUAUAUUCACAUAAAAUGAUUUAUAGCAUGUUGCGCACCAUAUUCAUUACAAAGUUAAAUAAAUUACAAAAAAACUUGUGAAAAAAGGUAUCAUACUCGUAUUAUUAGGAAUUUCAUAUAUAUAAUUUGCCCGAAACAUCAUCUGAAUUAAAAAUAGUAUUUAAUAAAAUGUUUGUCAUUCAAUUGAUUAUUUUCAUUUACUUUAAUAAAUUUUUAAUGGCAAUUCCCAUAAAUUCAGUAAAUUCAAAAAGUAAACUGAAAAUACUACAUCUUAUUGCUUGAACUAGCUUAGAUAAAAUUUGCGAUUCCGCGAACAUCAGCCUUGUAGAGGUUUUUUUUUACUUUUGGUGUAAUUUAUGCGUUCUAAUGCAUUUAGAAUUGGCCCCACACAUCUGCCUUUUAUAGGCAAAUUAUCACUGCGCACUAUUUCUUGUUCAUGUACUUUAAAUAAUCCAGGUUAAUGCUGGUUCCCAUAUAUAAAGUUGUCAAAAAAGUCUUGCGGUAUUUUUAUUGAAUUUUCAAUUGUUCAUAAAAUUGGUUAUAAUAAUGCGAUUUAAGUUAAAUAUGCGCCGUUUUGUUCGAUGACGAGUUCCCAACGAGAUGCCAACUUCAUAAUGCCCCUCUUAUAGAAGAUCGCUUCCCUAUUGUCAAAAAACUCGGAGAGCCAAUUUUCACAGGACUCUCUUGUGGACAACUUCCGACUACCAAGCUCGUUCGCCACGGACAGAAAUAGGUGGUAAUCACUUGGUGCGAAAUCCGGACUAUACGGUGGAUGCAAAAGAACCUCCCAUCCGAGCUCCCGGAGCUUCUGGCGCGUCACCAAAGAUGUGUGUGGCCUGGCGUUGUCCUUAUGGAAGACAAUUCGGCCUCUGUUGAUCAAAGAUGGCCUUUUCUGCAUGAGUUCUGCAUUCAAGCCGUCCAGUUGUUGGCAGUACAGGUCCGAAUUAAGCGUUUGGCCAUAGGGGAGCAGCUCAUAGUGGAUGAUUCCCUGCCAAUCCCACCAAACACACAGAAGAACCUUCCUGGCCGUCAAUCCAGGCUUGGCCACCGUCUGGGCAGCUUCACCGCUUUUCGACCACGACCGUUUGCGCUUCACGUUGUCGUAAGUGACCCACUUUUCAUCGCCUGUUACCAUCCGCUUCAAAAACGGGUCGAUUUUGUUGCGAUUCAGAAGUGAUUCGCACGCAUCCAUACGGGCAAAAAUGUUUUUUUGCGUCAAGUCGUGAGGCACCCAUACAUCGAGCUUCUUUUUGAAUCCAAGCUUCUUCAAAUGGUUUAUAACGGUUUUAUGACUCAUGCCCAGCUCUUGGCCGAUGCUACGGCUGCUACUAUGCCGGUCUCUUUCGAUCAAUUCAGCGAUUUUAUCGCAAUUUUUGACGACAGGCCUUCCGGACCGUGGCGCAUCUUCGAUCACCUCUGCACCAGAACGAAAACGUUGAAACCAUCGUUGUGCGGUGGAAAUGGAAACUGUAUCGGGUCCAUAAACUGCACAAAUUUUAUUGGCAGCAUGAGAUGCAUUUUUGCCUUUAUCGUAGUAGUACUGUAAAAUAUGCCGUAUUUUCUCUUUAUUUUGCUCCAUGUUUGCGACGCUAUAACUCACGAACGACUAAAAGCAAACAACAAUUAAUCAAACGCGUGAACCGAUGCGACGAAUACAACUAGAACUACGCGCUUGCAAAGACAAGCUAGCGGAAAUACCGCAAGACUUUUUUGGCAACCUUAUAUUUUGCCUUUAAUUUUUCUAGGAGCAAUAUUAUUUUUAUUUAUUCUUGCUGCAUCUCUAGCACCAAACUAACAUUUCUCUUGCAAGAUUGUGCCCUACGAUAUUUUCCUUCUCUUCAGAACUUAACAGCUGUUUUCCAACAUUUUGAAUUCUACAAAAUUCAAAAACAAAAAAAAUUGUUUGCCACCUUAAAUAAAAGUCAUUGUAUGACUAACAAAUAUUUAUCCCGUAUAACUAAUAUAUUUUUCGCACUGAUGCAUAAAAAUUAACUGCCAUGUCUUUACUUAUUCAAACAAAUCAAACAAAUUUCUGCUUGCUCAUGCAAAGCACGCACAUCAGCUUGCUUUCAGUAUUAUUUAACAGCUUAGCAGCUUAGCCAAAAAACAAUUUUUUUUGUAAGCAAAAACUCGAAAAAUUAGCAAUAUUUCUGUUGCAUUGUUCACUGAAUUUAUGUAAAUUGCCACUAGUAUAUAUGUAUAUGUAUGUAUGUAAUUAAGCUAAAAUAACUUUAUUUUAAGUUGCUUAUGCUUCGAAGAGGUACUAAACCAAAGUCCAAUAUAAAACUACAUUCGAGUAUAUUCUUAUUGAUUUAUUUCUAGCCCUAUACAGGUAAAAAUUUGCUUAAAAAAUUCACAUGAAAGGUUUUUAUACUUCAGCAUAAGUUUUAAUAUUUACUUUCAAAGAAUUACAAUUUUAUAUAAA